UUCAGAAGUGUUUUAUUUCAAUUUUCUUUACUAGGUUUUCAAUAAUCAAAUCAAAAUCCAACAAUGUACAGGGUAGCAAAAGCAUCCGAGUACCUGGUGUUAACCGGAGCCGGAAUCGAAGACAUCAAACUUGCAAAGAAAUCAUGGAUUUUCCCUGGUCAAUCUUCCACUGUCUUCGACCUCUCACCGGUGAACUACACCUUCGAAGUUCAAGCCAUGAGUGCCGAAAAACUGCCUUUCGUUCUUCCUGCGGUCUUCACAAUUGGUCCUCGUGUUGACGAUCACGAAAGCCUCCUCAAAUACGCUAAACUGAUUUCCCCUCAUGAUAAACUCUCGAACCACGUCAAGGAACUCGUUCAAGGAAUCAUUGAAGGUGAGACACGUGUCCUCGCUGCUUCGAUGACCAUGGAAGAGGUUUUCAAAGGAACAAAAGAGUUUAAACAAGAAGUAUUCGAGAAAGUUCAACUCGAGUUGAAUCAAUUCGGAUUAUUGAUUUACAAUGCGAAUGUUAAGCAAUUGGUGGACGUGCCUGGGCAUGAAUAUUUCUCAUAUUUAGGGCAAAAGACGCAAAUGGAAGCAGCGAAUCAAGCUAGGGUUGAUGUGGCAGAAGCUGAGAUGAAAGGUGAAGUUGGUUCGAAAUCUAGGGAAGGACAAACACUGCAGAAUGCAGCAAAAAUUGACGCAGAGACGAAAGUUAUUGCGAUGCAGAGGGCUGGAGAGAGUAACAAGGAGGGAUUUAGAGUUAGGACUGAAGUGAAGGUUUUUGAGAAUCAAAGAGAGGCUGAGGCUAACUCUGAGUUGGCGAUGAAGAAAGCGGCUUGGACUAAGGCUGCUCAAGUGGCUCAAGUUGAGGCUGCUAAAUCUGUGGUUCUAAGGGAAGCUGAGUUGCAAGGUGAGGUUGAGAAGAUGAAUGCUUUGAAAAAUUGUACUGAGAAGCUUAAAGCUGAUUUACUUAGCAAAGCUAGUGUUCAAUAUGAAACCAAGGUUAGUUUAGCUAACUGGGAAUUAUACAAGAAACAAAAAGAAGCAGAAGCAAUUCUGUACGAGAAGAAGGCAGAGGCAGAAGCACAGAAAGCAUUGGCAGAUGCAACAUUUUAUGCGUGCAAGCAAGCAGCUGAAGCAGAUCUAUACGCAAAGAAAAAAGAGGCAGAGGGGAUUGUGACACUUGGAAAUGCUCAAGGAGCGUAUGUAAGUACACUUCUCAAUGCACUUGGAAACGACUACACAGCUCUAAGGGAUUACUUGAUGAUAAAUGGUGGCAUGUUUCAAGAGAUGGCUAAGAUUAAUGCUGAGGCAGUACGUGGACUUGAACCUAAGAUUAGUAUUUGGACUAAUGGAGGGGACAAUGGAGGCGGAAUAGCCGAAGGUUCUAUGGGUAUGAAAGAGGUUGCUGGUGUCUACAAGAUGCUGCCACCUCUGUUCAAGACUGUCCAUGAGCAAACAGGCAUGUUGCCUCCUGCUUGGAUGGGAACCUUAUCCGACAAAAGCUCUUAAUUAGGAGGA